UCUUCUUCGCUGCCAAUCUCGGCGGGGGCGCGCGAAGCCCACAUUCUCGGGGGACCCUCGCGUUGGCCUCUGAGCGCGUGCGGGACCUCGCGCGGCGCGCUGAGGAGGGAAGCGACGGAGGAGGCAGCGGGACCGCCAAAUCGCUCAUUUGAGCUUCUUGCUUCCAGUCCGUUGAGGAGAGCUGCGGCUGCUGCUGCAGUCCGAUAGACUCGCUCUGCCUCCCUGAGCCCACGGCGUCCCCGUGACCAUCGGCGAGCCCGCGCUUGCUCCCGAAGGAAGCUUCGCUGGCUUCGGGAGGACCUGCCCUGUGUGUCCCCCACACAUAUGCGGGCGAGGGCUCGGGUCUCGCAGCCGUAGCCACGGCGGGCAUGAAAUGUGCGCUCCUUGGGCUGGCCAAAUCUCCCAGCAAGAAAUGCUCCGGUGAAUGGCCGAGGAACGAUCGGGAGGAGGAAGAACCUGUCGCAGGCGUCCGGAGCCCUAGCCGCUGCUUGCACAGUAUGCUACGGAAGGUGGAAAGACAUGAUGUGAAUACACUCAGUUUGCCUCUUAAUAUUCGCCGGGGAGGUUCAGACACUAACCUGAAUUUUGAUGUACCUGAUGGUAUAUUUGAAUUUCACAAAGUAAAACUCAGCGUAGAUAGUCUGAAACAAAAGAUUCUGAAAGUUACUGAGCAAAUAAAAAUAGAACAAACAGCUCGGGAUGGGAAUGUGGCCGAGUACUUGAAGCUGGUGAACAGUGCAGACAAACAACAAGCUGGACGAAUUAAACAAGUCUUUGAAAAGAAGAAUCAGAAGUCUGCCCAUUCCAUAGCCCAGCUGCAAAAAAAACUGGAACAAUAUCACAGAAAGCUAAAAGAAAUAGAACAGAAUAUUUCUUCCAAAAGCACCAGAGAUGCUUCCAAAGACAGCCUAAAGGAAAUCCAACACUCUUUAAAAGAUGUACAUGGCAAAGUUCGUGCUACCAGUCAGGCCAAUGAAAGCUGCAAAACAGGGGUUCUAGGAGUCUCGUUGACGCCUCCAGUGUUCGUUUUCAACAAAUCCAGGGAGUUUGCAAAUUUGAUUCGGAAUAAGUUUGGUAGUGCUGACAACAUUGCUCACUUGAAGAGUAGCUUAGAUGACUUCAGACCAGAAACUACUUCUAGGGCAUAUGGUGGUAGUGCCACCAUUGUAGCCAAGCCAAAAUACACCAGUGAUGAUGAAUGCUCAAGUGGAACAUCUGGAUCCAUAGACAGUAAUGGAAACCAAUCCUUUGGUCAUGGUGGGGCAAAUACUUUGGAAAACCAUGGAAAACUUCCCAUAUUCUUGGAAGAACUGAGGGAAAUAAAGGAAGCACAAUCCCAAUUAUCAGAAGAUAUUGAGAAUUUAAAAGUACAGUUCAAAAGAGAUUAUGGCUUUAUUUCUCAGACCUUGCAAGAGGAAAGAUUCAGAUAUGAGCACUUAGAAGACCAGCUAAAUGAUCUAACAGACCUCCAUCAACAUGAAACAGCCAAUUUGAAGCAAGAACUGGCUAGUAUUGAAGAAAAAGUAGCAUAUCAGGCUUAUGAACGGUCACGUGAUGUUCAGGAAGCUUUGGAAUCUUGCCAGACACGGGUUGCUAAAUUGGAGCUCCACCAGCAAGAACAGCAAGCAUUACAAUCAGAAACGGUUAAUGCCAAAGUCCUACUAGGAAAAUGCAUAAACAUAGUCUUGGCCUUCAUGACUGUUAUCCUUGUAUGUGUCUCCACCAUAGCAAAAUUUAUAGCUCCUAUGAUGAAAAGCCGUUUCCAUAUUAUUUGCACAUUUUUUGCAGUAACUUUUCUUGCUAUUUUAUGCAAAAACUGGGAUCACAUUAUCUGUGCCAUAGAAAAGAUAAUCAUACCAAGAUGAAAACACAAGCAUGGAGACUUUCCUUUAAAAAAAAAUAUUUUGGACAUCUAAACAAGCUACCAAAUCUUGUAAUUUAAGUAGACGGAUUAGAUGAAGAAUUUUUUUUCCCCCACCUGGGCAUAAGCUUCUAAGACUGCAAACUUCUGACAAUGCUUUCAUUUUAACAAUCACCGCAUAAGGAAUGAAGUGAAUCUGAUAUGAAGUGGAUGAUGAUCUUUUUGCCUUAAUCCAACCAACUUUUCUACAUCCUAGAUUUCAGUCAAAUUUGAAUUAAAGGUAUUAACUAGAUAAGUUUCAAGUGGAAAGAAUAGAAGAAAUAAUAAUUAAUUACAUUUUAUUAAAUGGAAAUCUACAAUGUCCUAUCCUUAUCUAAAGCAUUUUUUCUUAUGGUAUAUUUCUACAUAGUAAAUUAAGAUAUCUGUGUCUUAGGAAAUGCUUGACAAAAUUCCCAGAUUACCUGAUGAUCAACAUUCCUAUGGUGGGAAUUGUGCUGAUGUGAAUUAUCUUCUGUUAUUUGUAUCCCUUUUUAUCCAAUAGACAUAUAGUUUAUUUAACUAUAAUUUAUUUUGCCUUUCAAAUUAAUUAAUCCACUAUGAUUUUGCUUCAUGAUCUUAAAGAUAAGAUCUCCACUAUGAAUGAGAUCAAGCACUUGGUUCUUUUGUUAAUCCAAAAAUGGGGGUCUCUAUCUUACAGGAAAAUGUUUGUAGCCUACGAGAAAUAUAAAUGCAUCAUCAUAAAUGCAAAAAGAUAAGAAAAACUGUUCAUCUUCUUACAGACAUUGGAGGAGAUACAAUCAUUCUCAAUGGAACACAAAUAUACACAGUAGUAUCAAAGAAGAAACGUGGCUAGUAUAACAGAACAUGUUUUUUGGUAGUUUCAAAACAUAGGACCAGGAAGGGUAAAUUGACGCCAAACCAUCCAACUACUGUCUGUCAGCCUUACCAGGUUGGUUAGACAAGAAACAUAAUCAGAUACACUAAUUCUAUUUAUUGUAAAGCCACAUUAACAGAAUCUGGCAAGUCUGAAAAUAGAAUUAUCCAGCUGUCACUUUUAAAGUCAGAGAAUUUAAACAGAGUCCCUUUGCUCUUCCCACUAUACUACUGUGGGCUAUACUCUCUCUUAUCUGACCAUUUGACCAGCAUCUCUUCACCUGAUUUCCCAAGGUCUUUCCCACAUACCAUUACAUUGUUUCUCUCUUCCCUACUCUCAAUAAUCUGGAGUAGCUGUUUCAUCACAAAUAAAGAACACACCUCUCUAAGCUAGUUGGAUGCCUUGGAUACCCUCCCUGAUUCUGAGAUGGUAAUGGCAUCUACCUGUACAGUUGGUAAAUGCCACUUCAUCCACUACUUUUAGAAUCAGCAAACUGCUUAUAAGGUGAACAGCUGACCUUCUAGAAAUGCUUGUGAUGGUGCUGCCCCCAGGAAAAGAAUCAAUGACUGAAGCAGUGAGUCUCCCUUCUACCUCAAACUGUGAGACCUCUUAGGUCUCAUGUACAUAUCUAGUUAAUCCAUUCUCUUUUCAAUCCUCCCUUUAGCUUCCUUAUUCAGCUGUCAUUCUCUUAUGAUACUGAGCAAUCCUGCUUUCGUACCAAUUUGCAUAAUAUUGGUGCAAUAUUCUCAAGUUACUGUGUUUCAGCCUACAGUAACACCGUAAUCACUGUGAAGUUUGUAUUGAAUCAAGACUUCAUCUAAGAAUUCUCUUGUAUAUUCUCCUUGAAUAGAAUUGACUAGGAAGUGAAAAGAUGGGAGAUGUAAUAGUGUGAUUAUGUUCCUUGUUUUAAGGCAUCUAUUUUAUUUUUAGCACUUUCUUGUAAAUUGACUUGGUUGAGACCUUAAGACAUGCACUGUAAUCCUUUUGCACAUUUUCUGUUGGGUUGUGUUUCUAUUGUGUUUCAUGAAUAUAAUGGUAUGGAUGCUGUAAUGAUAACAGCAUUACUCAAUAUGGUUUUUCAUCUUUUGAAAAUUUGAAUGUGUUGUUUCAAAAUGCACACGAGCAUAAACACAGCUCUCUUUAAAGCAUCUACAUCUUUUUUUACGCUUCAUAUAAACUUGAAAAAAAAGGCAAAGCUGUUUUAACAAGUUGAAAACAUGUGACUGCUUUAAAGAAAUGCUGCAAAGUAUUUCCAUGCAGAAUGAAGCAACCUCUCCAAAUCAUGUUCAAGUAUGUGCAGUGGUAUUGUACAAUAUGUAAAUAGAGAUAAUGCUUGCACUAAAAAUGGUUUAUAAUUGAUACGUGCAAUUUUAUUUUUUAAAGUAGAACUGAACUUAACAGUAAACAUUAGAGCCUUUCAUUAUAUCAAGCAGUGCCAAUGUAAAGUUGAUCAUAUUAAAUCCUGUAAACAAUUACUAGUAAUCUGGUAAAUACAAGUGGCAUUGUUUUAAAGCUAUCUGCAUUUAACUAAUUAGUCCUAUGAAAUUCUGAUCAACCUCCCCAUAAUUGAUAUAAAUAUCAUUCCUUACAAUCUGUUCUUAAUAUAAUACUUUCUUUCCCUCCAGUGAAUCUUAUUAGGUGAAUGCUUUGCAUAGAAAAUUAAAGAAUUCAGAUUACCUUAAAAGGGGGGAAAUAAAGAGGAUUUUUACUGUAAGUCCAUAUCCUAUUUUUCCAUGUCUCAGAUUAGUAAAAUUAAAAAAAAGAAGAAUCUAGUUCUUAAUUUUUAUUACAUUUGAUUAUUUCCUUCAUGCUGUAUAUUAGGAGCAUAUAGUUCCUAUUAAAAUUUAUGUUUGAACAAAUUUUAAUCAUUUGGUAAUUGAAAUAUCAUGUGCGAUUCUAUGGUUUAUUCUAUAGUUUUGUGCAAAUAUUGGGUUGGAUGGGCCUUGGAGAUCAUCUACUCUAACUCCAUACCAUACUCUAACUCCAUACUUUAUUUUUUUCAGCUCAUAUUAAUGAAGUUAUUUCUGAAUUCCUCUGCUCCUGCCAUCCUCCCCCCCUCUCUCUCCCCCCCUCUCAUUAUUUAUAUAUAAGCCAACAACUAAACUCCACGUUCAGAAAUAUUUGUAUUCUUCUAAUUGCAAAAAGCAAUUUGCUCUUUUAAAACAUUGAAACUAUUUUUCUAGACUACUGAUUAUUCUUUUAUAAAGCCUGAUUCUGACUCUAGUUCAAUACUUUUGAAUUUUGCGGCAGAAUAAUGAAUUGCUUCAGGCUGAAUAUCCUGGCUCUUCCUCUCUCUGGGAAGACACUGUUUAUAUAUCAUGCAGCCUGUCUUGAGCUAUAAGCUAGUUAAGCAUUUAAGCAUAGUGGAAAAUACUAUUUGGUCACCAAUACUAAGACAUGAUUCAGUUGCCACUAGUUUCUAUACAUGAGAUGUAAAUGAAAUGUACAUUUCAUUUACAUGCAGGAAAAUGAAUUAGGCUACUAUCUCUCAGGAUACUGUAAUACAUAUUUUUUUCUUAAUACAUGAUCCAUUGCUGUGAAUGAUCUCUUGUUUACAUUUAUUUAAAUAUAUAUCAUACCUGGAUUCACUUCUUAAGAGCUCUGCUUUUCAUUUUUAUGGGGAAAAUGUUAUGCUUUUGUCUGUUUUAGGCUGCUUUAUGGCGUACUCCUCCAAGUUCUUUUGCUAAGAGCCAUCCUCUAUUUCACUAAGGAAUAUUCAUGUUUUUACUGUUGAUAUUGAGUUUUUGCAACAGCACUAUUCACUUAUUAGUGUGAAUACUUAAAAAGUGUUAAUCUAGAGAUUGUCAGAUACCACAUCAGAGCUAUCUCUGUUUUCUUAAAUCUUAGAUAACUUGUUGUAUAUUUUUUGUUCUCACUUUAAUUCAAAAAGUUGCAAUUUUCUAACCAGAAAACUCUGGCUUUAAAUUUUAACACCAUUUAAACAUAUGCCACACCGCCAAUAUUAAUUAAGCUUACUUAAUUAAAUGAUUGCUGCUUCACAGAAAUCAUUGACUAACUUAAGAACUAAAUAAUGAUGUAAUUGAAUUUAGCAGUGCUGAACAAAGGCAGUAUGCUAAAAGCAUUCAAGACAGUUUGCAAUCAGGUCACCUUGCUAAAUAAAUUUCAUACAUAACCUUUGUCAGAUUGCUUAUAGAUGUAACAGAACAACUUUUCCUGAAACUGGGCUAAAUGAAGUAUCUAAACAUUAGGUCAUAACAUGUCAAUGUGCUUACAGUUCCGAUCUUAAGGGUCUUUUAGAUUGAAGCCAACAACAAGAAUAUUCAUUUGAAUGCUUCCUACAUUUUUCCCCUACAUCAUUUUUUUUUCCUUUUGUGUCAUUUGAAGAGUCAAGCAAUCGGAAAUAUAUGGGAAAUCUUGAAUCCUGGAAUAACUUGCCGUUAAAUCAUAACUAUUGCUUUAGAUACCUUGAAUGAAAAAAAAUCCCUGUACAUUCAUUUUAAAUACUAGAUUUAGAAGGCAGGAUCCCCUUCUCUUGCAUUCAUUUGCCCAUCUGACCAGAUCAAAUAGGAGCAAUUUCCUUCAUCUCUAUAGGAUUGCCACCUGAGAAGGCCUUGGAAGGAAGCAUUUUCAGAAGCUGCCCCCAAUUUUUAGAACUCCCUUUGGAGCUGUGUUCCUCUGGUCUUUAGGACCACGGUGAACAUUUAAGUUGUUCUGUGUUGCACAAGAGGGGGUAUAUUAUGACUGAAAGUGAGAUUUGCAAGUGAUGACAUAUUUAUUCUUUUAAAAAACAUCCUUUUUUGAUUUUGUUAUAUAUAUUUUGUCUGGAGAAGUGGUCUUUUAUUUUAAGACUAUUAGCCACACAUAGCUUCUGGAAAUAGAUAGCAAACAAGUAAUACAAAUAAAUGAACCUCUGUGUGUGGGGCCCAGUGAAAUUGCCUUAAUUGGCUCUGCCAUAGCUCACUUCAGUUUACUUAGUGAGGCUGUAUGAGUUCUGAAGUAACCAACUGGGAAGCUGUUGGCAAUAUACCAAAUCUAGGGGUAGAAAUCUUUAACAUUUGAAUCUGACAGAAGGGGAUGCAGCAGAAUUUGAGAAGAAUUACUGGGAUCAAGGAAAAUCUAUUUUCUGGGUUACAAUUUGCAAUUCGGGUGUUUCAGAAAAAAUGGAAAGCAGAAACUCAAGUAAAACUGUAAGCAGGAGAUUGUAAGCAGAAGAAAGAUGAAAUUGUCUAAUAUCAAAAGUGCUCCUCAGGGUUAGUAUGAUCACGUAAUGUUUUGGUUCUCAACAUUUCCUACAACCUUGUGCAUCAAACAAAUAAUGUGGCAAUGUUGGAAAGCCUGGGCCUGGAAAAUAAAAAUUAUACCAAAUAAUUCUGUUUCUCUGCAUAUAUGUGUGAAAACAGUGACCUGAUAAUGAACAGAAAAACCAAAAGAUAGAUUAAUGAAUUAAUAUAAAAAUGUUCAGAAAGUUAAUGUGCAAUUUUAGUACAGACAUUUCUACAAAAUUGAUAAUCAUCUUCAAGCUAAGGGAUAUCAAUUAAAUCAGUUUGUUAAAUUGUAUUAUAAAGGAAUAAAUUAGUUAAAAAGCACUUUGAAUAACAGCUAAUCCUAAAUAGUUUUGCUUGAAAAGAAUUCCCACUCUUUUUACAUCCCAUCCCAUGCUGCCUUGUUAAUUAGGUUCUCUCUGUUUGGCAGUGAUGCAUAUUAUAUUGGUUUUAGUCAAGUCAACAUUUAAUUUCAAAACCACACACACACACACACGCAAAACACCAAAGUAUUUGUAGGCUAUUUUUAUUAAUAAAAUAUUUCCAAGAAGUGAAAAUAAUAAGAUAAAACAUAGUAAUUAAAUAGGAACAAUAAUAGCCAAUGGUGUGAUACCACAAAACCAUGUGCACAAACAUACAAGUGAUAACAAUCGAUUCAACAGUACAGUUUAAGCCAGUGGUUCUCAACCUUUCUAAUGCCGUGACCCCAUAAUACAGUUCCCCAUGUUGUGGUGGCCCCCAAGUGGGUGUGGCCACCAAUAAGAGGGAGUAGGACAGCUAGGGAAAAGGGAAAAAAUGGCGGACAGCGUGGUUUGGCGACCCCCGUGAAAUGGUCGUUCGACCCCAAGGUUGAGAACCACUGGUUUAAGCUAAUAGAAGCAUAUCUUUCAAAACCUUCUUAAAAGACUUUAGAAGGUGCCUCAUAAAUCUUCAGGAGAAAUGCAUUCAAAUUACUGCACUAUCUUUUUCUUUCUCACUUCUAUCUUAAAUUACCAGUGAAGAAGGCAGGUCAUUUCUUUCUUGCAGUAAAUGCACAUUUGUAUAUACAGUGUUGAGCCAGCAGUAACGCCCAAUUCCAACUUCUUGGGAGAUGUAGUAAUAAAAAACCAAGAUUAACUGUUUCAAUAAAAUCAACUGAGGAAUAAUCUUUAAAUUUGUUCUUUCUCUCUUUAUACAGUAUACCUACUAUGGUAGGAAUAGGAUGGGCUGUUUGUUUGCUAUUAGACUGCCUUUGCAUUCAUUUUGUAGUUUCCUGUUAUUCUUAUAAAUAUGGACAUGCAGAAUGGAGAAGAGACAGAUGGAUUAUGCCAUGCUGGGACAUUGGUGUUGGCUGAGGGGAGAGUGGGUGGGAGGGAGGGAGGGAAGAAAAGUUGUGGGAAAACAAGUGAGCAGGCCAGAGUAAGAGCAUGGACAACAGCCUUACUCUAUUUCUCUGUAAAAACAUUCCGUGAUGUCUACAAAUUUUGUUUCAGCUGAAACCCAAAAUAAUAAAACUGUUCUAGGUUUUGUUUCUGCUGAACCACAGCUAAUCCAAAAUGAUUUGGCAGAAUUUAAGGAAUAUGAUAUUUUAUUGGAGUUCUAACUUUUUUUUUUUACAUUUGAUGAAGACUCUUAGAUAAAUUAUUUUUUUAAAACAUGUAUACUGUUUUAUGUGUUAAAACCUAUUCUGCAAGACAGUCAUGUCAAACAUUUUGAAGCAAACAAUUCAGAUUUAAUAUUACUACACAAGUAGUCCACAAUAGACCACUCAAAAGGAUUAUUUUAAUUUUCAUUAGUGUAUAUUUUAUAUUUUUAUUCUCAAAUUUUAUCUUUUAUGGAAUUGUAUGUUUUACUUCCUCAAAUGAUCAAUGAAGACUGCUUCACUACUGAACACAGUAACAUACAAUUUUGACAAUAAGCAUCAAGGAUUUAAGUUCUAUAUGCAUAUUUUAUUGUUUAGCUCCUUCUGAGAAAAAGUCUUUAUGGUAAGAAUUAUUUGUAUUAUAGAUUCUUUUGCAUCAUGUUAAUACCCUUGAUUACAAAUGGAAAUGUGCAAUUUAAAACUUAACAGGUAAUGUGUUGCAUAUAAUUUUUGCAUUGAAUAAAGAUAAUUCAUUUUAAUAACAUUAGACUACUGAAAUAUUUAUAGAACUAUCUCAUGAUAUAAGAGUUAUUAUAUAAAUCCAGGUUUCAAAUAUUAGGAAUUUUGAAGGAGUGCACAUACUACUUGCAUGGUGAAUGGUUGAACUGUUGAACUAUUUUGUAGAUUUUAAUUUAUUAUCUAUGUUUCAUGGAUUAAAUUGUACCUCAGGCCUUUUUUCCUCAUUACCUUUCCUUUGUAAGAUAAUGACAACUUGGCAUCAUUGAUAAAUGUUUAAAAAACUACUGAAUCCCUUUGCACUGAAUUGACAUUUUGUCAUUCUGUAUAUAACAUAUAAUUGUGCCAUGUUUGUUUUGUGGGGCACUGCACACCUAUAAAUGUACUACUAUUCUUUGUGUUCUACAAAUUUCAUAGGGGAUUAGAAUUGCCUCAAGGACACACUGACUUUUAUUUUUAAAUAAAGUUUUUAAAU